AUGGCCGAUCCGACGCCCACACCACCCCCGCCGCCGGCUGCCGAUGCUGCGCCGAAGGCCCCCCCUCGAAACCAGGCCCUACGCAUGUUAGGUCUGCCUGCCCUCCCUCGAAAACUACCGUCUCGGAACUGGAUGAUAUUUUGGACCAUAUCGGGCGCAAUAACGGCAGGGAUAAUCUACGACAAGCGCGAGAAGAAAAGAGCCGUCGCAAAAUGGUCGCAUGCAGUCGAGCAUCUGGCCAGGGAACCGCUACCGGACAACAGCCUAGGCCUGGCGCAACCGCGCAAGCUGACCAUCUACCUCUCAAGUCCGCCGGGCGACGGCUUGCGUGUUGCCCAGGACCAUUACACCGAGUAUGUGAAGCCAAUUCUGGCUGCUAGUGGGUUGGACUGGGAAUUUGUGCAGGGCCGGCGGGAGGGAGAUGUGCGCGCAUACGUAGCUGAGCGUGUGCGUCGGCUUCGCCGUGGCUGGGAAAACAAUGACGAACUGGAUAUGUCAAAAGAGCCCACUAAGGAGGAGAUUGUUGAGGCAUUCCGCAAGUCGCGUGGCAUCAAGGACUACGACGGCGUACGGGGCGAUGUUGUCAUUGGCAGGCAUACUUGGAAGGAGUACCUCAGGGGUCUACACGAGGGUUGGCUAGGCUCCCUUGCGCCACCGCCCGAGCCGCUCCCAGCAGUUCCCACACCGGAAUCAACCACGGAGGAUAAGCCCGCUGAAGACCAGGCGACCGAAGGCAAACCCGCCGAAGAGAAGAAGCCUGCGGAAGAGGCAAAGAAGCCCAAGAGGCCGCCUCAACCAAAACCACACAACACCACAGCCGACUACUCUACUGCAUUCCUCCCUCCUCGCGCCCCUAACGAGUUCGAUCCCUCCGCACCCAUCCGUGAGCCCCACCUCCUCGGCUUCCUCAACACCCCGACCCGCCUCUACCGCUUCUUCAACCGCCGCAAGCUGGCCGACGAUAUCGGUCGGGAAGUCGCCGCCGUCUGCCUAUGCACGUACCGCGAAUACAAGCAGCUCGCAGCCGACGCCGACGCCGCCAGCUCAACAGACUCCAGCGAGCAGUCACAAUGCGAGCAACAAAAGGAAUUAGCGUGGGAAGAGAAGGACUGGGUCAAGACAGUCUGGAAGGAGGACGACCCCAAGGAUGCCGAGGCCACCGAGGUUGCCGAGAAGAUCCACGCGAAACCCAUCGUCAUGGACGAGCGCAUCGCCGAGCGCAUGCGCCGCUUCCAGUUGCAGCCCGAGGAGGAGGAGCGGGUACGCAAGAUUGUGGUGCCCGAGGAGGAGGUCGAGGGCUGGACCAAGGGGAAGCUGCGCCAGCUGUACCGGUGGGGUGUGAAGAAGGCUUUCGAGAAGAAGAAGGCCUCGCCAUUGGACGGCGAGGAUCUAGAUUAA